AUGCAUUUUACUGCCUUCUCUACAGUCCUACUGGCCCUCGCACAGUACGCAUGCGCUGUGCCGGUGGAAAGUAACCAGGCGUCCGGUCUGGAUGUCACCCUCAGGCAAGUGGACCACACUCGCAUCAAAGCCGUGGUGAAGAACGCCGGGAACGAGGAGGUGACCUUUGUGCACCUCAACUUCUUCCGUGACAGCGCCCCUGUGAAGAAAGUCGCCGUUUACAAAGACGACGCUGAGGUCGCCUUUGAGGGCAUCAAGCGCCGUCUCAAACUCGAGGGCCUUACGCCGGAGGCCCUUACGACCCUUGCAGUGGGAGAAACUGUGGAAGAUGAAUUUGAUGUUGCUGCGACCAGUGAUCUUUCCCAUGGUGGACCUAUGCUGGUGCGUUCCAACGGCUUGGUGCCUCUGGUGAACAACGGUUCCGUCUCUGGAUACCUGCCGUACCACUCGAAUGAGCUCAAGCUCGAAGUGGAUGCCAUUAUGGCAUCUCGAGUCACCAAGGCAAUCAACCCUUUGGCUCGCCGAACCAAGGAGAGCUGCAGUAAUUCUAGCGGAAGACUGCUCUCGAGAGAGCACUUAAAAAUACCGCGUCUCUGGCUAAUGCCGCCGCCCAAGCCGCCCUCUCCGGAUCAGCCUCGAAAUUCCAGGACCAAAGAGGCUCAGUCGACUAGUUCGGGCUCCACUACGUACUACUGCACCGAUGUAUACGGAUAUUGCGAGACAAACGUGCUGGCCUACACCCUGCCCUCCUUGAAUGCGAUUGCGAACUGCGACAUCUACUACUCUUAUCUUCCCAGCUUGGCCAGUACCUGCCACGAGCAGGACCAAGCGACCACCACCCUCCAUGAAUUCACCCAUGCUCCCGGAGUGUACAGCCCCGGCACAGAGGACCUCGGGUACGGUUACUCGGCCGCUUCAUCUCUCAGUAGUAGCCAAGCUGUCCUGAAUGCUGAUUCGUAUGCUCUGUAUGCCAACGGUACGUGA